CUUCCUCCAUCCUUUGCCGGCCUCUAGUCUGAGCACUUCCGUCACUCGGGCCUCUCUGCCCUCUCUCUUCUGUCCAUCUCACUCAGACGCUUCCCCUCUUCUUGUUGGCCAAUCGACACGCUGGCCGCCUUCAUCCGACGACGGCUUCUGUCCGCCAUGGCUUCUCCGGGGCCCAGAAGAUUCGCUCCUUUGCGAGCAAUGGCAGAUUUGUCACCUUUCAAUACCGCUCCGCCGCUGAGAGGCAUUGUAUUUGACAUGGAUGGGACGUUGAGUGUGCCGCAGACAUACAUGUUCAGGGAAAUGCGCUCCAUCCUCGGAAUCCCUCAAUCAGUGGACAUUCUCGAACACAUUGAUAAACUGCCCCCUCACCAACAGCCGCCCGCCCACGAGGCCAUCCGCGCCAUUGAGCGCAAGGCCAUGGCCUCACAGGCGCCCCAGCCAGGCCUCCAGACCCUCAUGUCGUACCUCGAGGCCUACCAGGUUCCCAAAGCCAUCUGCACUCGCAACUUCGACCUCCCCGUCCAGCACCUUAUCACCACGUUUAUACCCACUUCCCAGUUCUACCCCGUCAUCACCCGGGACUUUCGCCCUCCUAAACCUCAUCCGGCAGGCAUAAUACACAUUGCUCAGAGUUGGGGCCUGAUAGAUGGCUCCGGGGCCGUGGAUGCGAGCGGCCUAAUCAUGGUUGGGGACUCUCUUGAUGACCUGACGGCAGGGAGAUUAGCGGGCGCUGCGACGGUGCUGCUGCUCAACGAUGUAAACAGGGACUUGGCCAACCACGAGAAUACAGAUUUGGUGAUACACCAGCUGGACGAGUUGAUUCAUAUACUAGAAACUGGUUUCCAGGGGCGGCUGAUAGAGCCAGGGCGUUUACAGUCAUGAUUUCGAGUCCUAUAUCCAUAUAUUAGAUCCAAGAGCUUCCCAGCAUAAUACAAAAGGAAGAAAAAAAGAAAAAGCUCCCAUUGGUAGUCAGUUGGCUGUUGUAGGCACAGACAUGUUAAUAUUAACAUUCAAAUAUGUACUCUGUUUCAUACAAGGGACAUGACAACUACAAAACUUAAAGUUAAACUGCAAAGUCCUCUUUUCAGUCUGUGUUUCGAUUG